AUGUCUGCCACCCCGCGGACCUUCGGAACGCUGGAGCUACUCCAGGACAUCCUGCAGCAUCUCCCACCACCAGCCAUCGUCCGCUGUCGCCAAGUCUCCAACGCCUGGAAGGCUGCGGUCGACGUGCCCUCGCCAGGAAUGAAAGUCGCCCUUUCGCUCAUGUCCAACAAGGGGGUCAUCGACACCUUCGGCAGGCAACGUGUGGCGGAGAUAUUAAGCGAGGGCUCUGUCAAAUUCACCGUCGAAAUGAAGCCAGUCAUCCCCUUCACUGGGAGCGAACCUCUUCAAAUGAUCUUCCACCGGAACUCGUUCGGCCUCAAAGAUCUUCGCCGCGAGAUGCUCAUCACUGAUCCACCCAUCAACUGCAUCAAAGUGUAUCAGCAUGACAAACAAAGCUAUCCCAAGAGUGAACCCUUGCAGUUCUGGGUCUCUGAAUAUCAGCGCCCAGCUCAAAGAGGCGAGGUGGUCGAAAAAGACGGAGUCAAAGUGAAGCACAUCCUCAAGUACUUCGAGGUCGAGAAUGCUAGGAAGGACUUGUGGGGGCGUGCGAUCGUUGGUCUAUGGUGA